AUGGGAACAGUGCGGAUUUGCGUCUGCGGCGAUGAAGGAACGGGAAAGUCGAGUUUGAUCACGUCUCUCGUCAAGGGAGUCUUUGUCACGAAUAAAAUCCAGCCUAUCCUCCCUCAAAUCACCAUCCCCCCAACCAUUGGCACCCCUGAAAAUGUGACAACAACCACUGUGGUGGAUACAUCCGCUCUCCCGCAGGAACGAGCAAACCUGGCCAAGGAAAUUAGAAAGUCUAAUGUCAUAUUGCUGGUAUAUUCAGAUCACUACAGCUACGAGAGGGUUGCCCUCUUUUGGUUGCCAUACUUUCGCUCCCUGGGUGUCAAUGUCCCCGUGGUGCUAUGCGCCAACAAGGCUGAUCUCGCCCCGGAAGGGAAUGAGGCACAAGUCGCGGAGGACGAAAUGCUCCCCGUGAUGGCAGAAUUCAAGGAAAUCGACUCUUGUAUUCGGACAAGUGCUAGAGAAAAUCGCAAUGUCAAUGAGGCAUUCUUUCUCUGCCAGAAGGCUGUUACCCACCCCAUCGCCCCUCUUUUCGACUCCAAAGAAUCAACCCUGAAGCCUGCCGCUGUCAGCGCACUUCACCGGAUCUUCUAUUUGUGUGACAAGGAUCGUGAUGGUUAUUUGAGCGAUAGGGAAAUUGAAGAUUUCCAGGCCAAAUGUUUUGGUAAAUCGUUGAGAGAUGAGGAUCUUGUCCAUAUCAAGGUGACGAUCCGAAGGGUCCAUCCGGACGCUGUUACGCCUUCCGGAAUUAGUGUGCAGGGUUUCUUGUAUCUUAAUAAAUUGUACGCUGAAAAAGGCCGCCAUGAAACAAUUUGGAUCAUAUUGCGGACAUUCAAAUACACAGACAACCUCUCACUUCAAGAAGACAUUUUGCAUCCUCGAUUUGAUGUUCCUCCCUUUGCAUCUGCUGAGCUGUCCCCCGCUGGAUACCGAUUUCUUGUCGAUUUAUUUCUUCUUUCCGACAAGGAUAGUGAUGGAGGUCUAAACGACGCUGAAUUGGCGUCCCUAUUUGCACCCACACCGGGCCUACCAACCUCAUGGGUAGAGGGCUCUUUCCCAUGUUCCACCGUGCGCAAUGAGGCAGGUCAUAUCACCUUACAAGGCUGGCUGGCACAGUGGAGUAUGACGACGUUUACAUCUCCGAAAACCACCCUAGAAUAUCUUGCCUACCUCGGAUUCGAGUCGUCGGACCGGGGGAAUCCCACUACUACUGCAGCACUAAAAGUUACCAGACCGCGGAAAAAACGACGACGCCCUGGCCGUGUUGGCCGCAAUGUUGUCAUGUGUCAUGUCCUCGGUGCCCCUGGGUCUGGCAAGUCUUCACUCCUUGAUGCCUUUCUCUCGCGCAGUUUCAGCUCCACAUACCACCCCACCAUCCAGCCACGCAAUGCAGUCAACACCGUCGAAUUGCCCGGUGGCAAACAAUGUUAUCUCAUCCUCGAUGAACUGGGAGAGCUAGAACCUGCACUAUUGGAGAACAAGACGAAGCUUCUAGAUCAGUGCGACGUGGUUGCUUAUACGUAUGACUCCUCCGAUCCUGAUUCCUUUGCCUACAUUCCCGCACUACGAGAGAAAUAUCCUCAUUUGGAAGAGUUACCCAGCGUGUUCGUUGCUCUUAAAGCGGACUUGGAUCGCACAACUCAGAGAGCAGAGUUUCAGCCGGACGAGUACACCAACCGGUUAAAUAUGCCGGGUCCACCACUGCAUGUCAGCGUAACAUGGAAUUCCAUCCAAGAGCUGUUUGUGCACAUUGCCGAAGCGGCGAUGGAGCCCAGCACGGCAUUCCCGCGGACCGAAGAGGAUAUGGAGGGGAAAUGGAUGGCUUGGGGGAUCGCAAUUGGGGCGGUGGUGUGUGCUGGAGCAGCCGCGGUUGUUAUCUGGCGCAGAGCAACAGGUGGUGUGAAUUGA